AUGGCGCUCCUGCGCACCUUUGUCCGCCGUUUGCUCUCCGACCAGCCCGAGUCCGUACACGACUACCUCGGCGUCGUUGUUCCGCUUGAGGAGGCGCAUCUGCACAGCCACUCGGCGCGUAUAGGCCGCUGCGAGUUUGAGGAGCGCCCGGGGCAUGAGGAGGAUGACGGCGACGAUGAGGAUGGCAAGGACCAGGGGGAGAGCACGGGGAUGCUGGAGAUGAGCGCGGCGGAGUAUACGAUUGAAGGGCUGAGGAAGGAGGUUCGGAGGGGCGGGAGGGGGAUGUGGACGGAGUAUGAAUUGAAAUCUAAGCUUGUCAACAAGGCGAUUCAGGAUAUCGGGAUGGGGAGGUAUAACUGGCAACUCUUCAUCCUAUGCGGCUUUGGAUGGUUUGCGGAUAACUUAUGGAUGCACGGCGUCUCCCUAACCCUCCCCUCCCUCUCCGCCGAGUUCGCCAUCUCCGAAAAGACGGUCCGCUACACCACCUCCUCCAUCUUCCUCGGCCUGUGCUUCGGCUCCUUCGUCUGGGGCAUCGGCUCCGACGUCCUCGGCCGCCGCAUCGCCUUCAACAUGACGCUCCUCAUCACCGGCGUCUUCGGCAUCCUGCUCGCCUUCGCACCCUCCUGGGGCUGGGUCUGCUUCCUCUUCGCCUCCCUCGGCUUCGGCGUCGGCGGCAAUCUUCCGGUGGACGGCGCGCUCUUCCUCGAGUUCCUCCCCGACGCGUCCAGCUCGCUGCUCACCCUGCUGUCCGUGUGGUGGCCCGUCGGCCAGCUGAGCUCGUCGCUGGCGGCGUGGUAUUUUAUUGUGAACUGGCCGGCCGACCAGGGCUGGCGGCGCUUCGUGCUGACGAUCGGGCUGGUCACCUUCAUCAUGUUCGUGGUGCGCUUCUUCGCGUUCCGGCUGUUCGAGUCGCCCAAGUUUUUGCUCUCCAAGGGCCGCCAGGCGGAGGCCGUGGCCGUGGUGCACGGCAUCGCGUACCGCAACGGCGCGAAGACGUGGCUCACGGAAGAAAUCCUCGACGCAGUGGUGGAAGGCGUCGCCACCGCCGACGACGACGGGACAACCGCUUCCGGACGCGGGCGUACCGCCGGCGUGCUCAAGGACAAGAUGAAGUCCUUCUCCGCAGACCGCCUGCGCCCGCUCUUCAAAACCCGCACGCUCGGCCUCGCGACCGCGAUCGUGUGGUUCGUCUGGGCGACCAUCGGCAUGGGAUACCCGCUCUUCAACGCCUUCCUCCCGCAGUACCUCUCCCACGGCGGCGCGGCGCCGCCCGAGGGCAGCCCCGACGCGGGCGCGACGCCCAUCACGCCCGCGACGUACCGCACCUACGCCAUCACGUCCGCGGUCGGCGUGCCGGGCAGCCUGCUGGCGGCGUACCUCGUCGACCACAAAUCGCCCUGGCUCGGGCGGCGGGGCACGCUCGCGUGCUCGACGUUCGUGUCGGCGGUGUUCCUCUUCAUGUUCGUCAAGUUCGGCACGUCGCCCGCGAGCCAGCUGUUCUUUAGUUGCGUGGAGAGCUUCUCGCAGAAUAUCAUGUACGGCGUGCUGUACGCGUUCACGCCUGAGAUCUUUCCCGCGCCGGUGCGCGGGGCGGGGACGGGCGUGGCGAGCUUUUUGAAUAGGGCGAUGGGGCUGAUGGCGCCGGUGCUGGCGGCGAAUAUGCCGGGGGACGGGACGACGACGCCGAUUUAUUUGAGCGGUGCGCUGAUUUUGGCGGCGUUUGUGGGGAUGUGUGCGAUUCCGAUUGAGACGAGGGGGAGGCAGAGGUUAUAA